AGUCGCCUACCCCUGCCGCUGCCGCCGCCGUCGCUGUCGUAGCUGCCGCCGCCGCCGCUGGAGAAAAAGCGAGAGCGGGGAAGCCCCAGAGUGAAAUCCACCAUCCUGCUGGCUGAUCUGCUCGCCCCUCCUUCCUUCUCCCCUGACCCCCGCCCUUUCCCCCCACAGGUGCCAUCCGCCGCCAUCCGCCCUCUCUACCCCCCCAUCCCCAGGUGAGGGGGGUGAGUUCAGGAAGCAGAGACCCCGAGGAACCCAGCAGGGUCACCAUUUGCAGCGCAACAUGGCAGGAGCUGGAGGAGGGAACGAUAUUCAGUGGUGUUUUUCUCAGGUGAAAGGAGCAGUAGAUGAUGAUGUAGCAGAAGGAGGGUAUGGUUCCAUUCCAUUUUAUCCAAACAUGAUAUCAGAUUAUCCAGGAACAAGUUAAAAAGAAGGGAGACUGGUUCCAGAACACAUCUCUGGAAAUUACCCUAUGGACCCUGACUCUCAUGGCAACAUUACAAUCAGAUAUAAUUUCUACGGUAGAAUUUAAUCAUUCUGGAGAAUUACUAGCAACAGGAGAUAAAGGUGGUAGAGUUGUCAUCUUUCAACAGGAGCAGGAGAACAAAAUCCAGUCUCAUAGCAGAGGAGAAUAUAAUGUUUACAGCACCUUUCAGAGCCAUGAACCAGAGUUUGACUACUUGAAAAGUUUAGAAAUAGAAGAAAAGAUCAACAAAAUUAGGUGGUUACCCCAGAAAAAUGCUGCUCAGUUUUUAUUGUCUACCAAUGAUAAAACAAUAAAAUUAUGGAAAAUCAGUGAAAGGGACAAAAGACCAGAAGGGUAUAACUUGAAAGAGGAAGAUGGAAGGUAUAGAGAUCCUACUACAGUCACUACACUACGAGUGCCAGUCUUUAGGCCCAUGGACCUAAUGGUUGAGGCCAGUCCACGAAGAAUAUUUGCCAAUGCUCAUACAUAUCACAUCAACUCAAUUUCUAUUAAUAGUGAUUAUGAAACAUAUUUAUCUGCAGACGAUUUACGGAUUAAUCUUUGGCAUCUGGAGAUUACAGACAGGAGUUUUAAUAUUGUGGAUAUCAAGCCUGCCAAUAUGGAAGAGCUAACAGAGGUGAUUACGGCAGCAGAAUUCCAUCCAAACAGCUGCAACACGUUUGUAUACAGCAGCAGUAAAGGAACUAUUCGGUUAUGUGACAUGAGGGCCUCUGCCCUCUGUGAUAGGCAUUCUAAACUGUUUGAAGAACCUGAAGAUCCCAGUAACAGGUCUUUUUUUUCUGAAAUCAUCUCCUCUAUUUCUGAUGUAAAAUUCAGCCAUAGUGGUCGAUAUAUGAUGACUAGAGACUAUUUAUCAGUCAAAAUUUGGGACUUAAAUAUGGAAAACAGGCCUGUGGAAACAUACCAGGUUCAUGAAUACCUCAGAAGUAAACUUUGUUCACUAUAUGAAAAUGACUGCAUAUUUGAUAAAUUUGAAUGUUGUUGGAAUGGAUCUGACAGUGUUGUCAUGACUGGAUCUUACAAUAAUUUCUUCAGAAUGUUUGACAGGAACACAAAGCGAGACAUAACCCUAGAAGCAUCACGGGAAAACAACAAACCUCGCACAGUUCUGAAACCACGAAAAGUCUGUGCAAGUGGCAAGCGAAAGAAGGAUGAAAUAAGUGUUGACAGCUUAGACUUCAACAAGAAAAUCCUUCAUACAGCCUGGCACCCCAAGGAAAAUAUCAUUGCUGUAGCUACUACAAACAAUCUGUAUAUAUUUCAAGACAAAGUGAAUUAGGGUUGGCAUUCCCAGCAGAAGAGCCCACUUCCUGCUUAGUUGAGAUAGUUGAAUCUAGCAUUCGUACCUAAAAAAGAGAGAGGUCCAUUGUGGCGCCCCUUUCCAGUGUUUGACAAUGUGCCAUUCGACAACACAUUUUUUAUAGCUACAUGGAGAAAUCUCUGUGGAUUCAUCACUGUGGUGUUCUCCAUGUCUGCUAGCCAUGUAGGUAAGGGUAGGCACUUUUAAUUUAAAUGACUUCUUGCACCAUCUUGCCUAAUGGACUAGAUUGGACUGUAUCAACAUUGAUUUACUCCACUUUUUAUGCCUUCCAUUGUGAUGACGUCAAACACAGUGAAAGCCUUCAGUCAUGCUUACGGGAUUUAAUUGUGUAUCCUCAUUACUGUAUCAUUUGUGGGGUACACCCCUCCCCCUUUUUUAAAUUAAAUACAGCUCAUUCUUACUGUGGCUUGUAGCAUUCCUCCUCUUCUGGCCUCCUGGACUCUUCCCCUUCAUCUCUUUUACCCUCGCCCCCUCCACCCAGUCUUGGUGGUGGUAUAUUAAAAAAAGAAAGAACGAAAGCACACAAAAUGAGUCAGUUUGGGGUCAGUGGUAAAGGGGGUAUAUGUUGCGAACAAAUGUUUUAAUAACAGUUGGCUGUAAUCACUCCUUGCCGUGUCUGGCACCGAAAAUAAGGAAAAAAAUACUACUACUGAAUAAAAGUGACAAAGAAUGGAGAA